UUGUAUUUAUAAAUUUCUUUUUUGGUACCAACCACCAACGCAAGAAGACUCCUCUUUCUCGUCUCAACGCAAAUACCAAAAUCUCCAUUGCGGAUCGGUCGUCCUUCUCAGUCCUAUUCUUCAUUUUCUCACACAGAAACGUAAAAAUGGUUUGCUUGGCAUGUCUCAUACCCAUUUUCCUUGUUCCCAUCGUCAACGUACUGCCUCUUCUCUUCUAUUACAUUAUGGGAAAGGUUUAUAGGCUUCUUGGGUGGGAGUACAGAAGGCCGGAGAGGGCUCCUGCCGCUUGUCCUUUCAAACCAGCAGCUAAAAAGGAAAUUCAAGCUGGGGAAGGAGCUGUGCCUGGUCCGGCAGAAUCCGUAUCCAAACCGGUGGGACAUGUGGAUAGCAAGGAAGACUGAAUUUUAACCUUUGUUCUUGAAAAGAUGUAUAUAUAAGAGUCUCAGCCUUUUUAUGGUAAAGGAUAGGCUGGGCCUUAUUAAUAUUUUUGGGUUCAAACAGUACCGAUUUCAGUCUUCUGUAGCCGGUUUUACAAAAUGUAUGAAACUUACAUCUAGUCUAAAAAUGGCCUCUUUACAUUUAUUCAUUUUCUUUUCUCUGUUUGGGGUACCUUAUCCCAUGAAUAAUAUUAAAGGGUCCCAGAUUUUUGAUUGAA